GGCCAUGUGGCUUCACAAGUCAUCGCCAAUGAGCUAUCCAGAUAUAUAAUACAGAUCAGUGGUUGACACUCGGACGGGCGACCAUGGCUACCGACGUGCGGCAGGAGCUUGCACAGCUGAUGAACUCCAGCGGCUCCCACAAAGAUCUCGCGGCGAAAUAUCGACAAAUCUUGGAAAAGGCGGUCCAGUUCACAGAUGCAGAUCAGCUGGAGUCCUUGAAGGCCUUUGUUGAAGCAAUGGUCAAUGAAAACGUGAGCCUGGUCAUCUCCAGACAGCUGCUCACCGACUUCUGCACGCAUCUGCCCAACCUACCUGACGCCACAGCCAAAGCCGUGUACCACUUCACCUUGGAAAAGAUCCAGCCUAGGGUCAUUUCCUUUGAGGAACAAGUCGCCUCCAUCAGGCAGCACUUGGCCACCAUUUACGAAAAGGAGGGCGACUGGAGGAACGCUGCCCAGGUUUUAGUUGGCAUCCCUCUGGAGACGGGACAGAAGCAGUACAACGUUGACUACAAGUUGGAUACGUACCUGAAAAUUGCCCGCCUCUACCUGGAGGAUGACGAUCCGGUGCAGGCUGAGGCGUACAUCAACAGAGCCUCAUUGCUUCAGAACGAAUCCUCCAAUGAGCAGCUGCAGAUACACUACAAGGUGUGCUACGCCAGAGUCCUAGAUUUCAGGAGGAAGUUCAUUGAGGCGGCGCAGAGAUACAACGAGCUGUCCUAUAAAUCCAUCGUCCAUGAGAGCGAGCGUCUGGAAGCUCUCAAGCAUGCGCUCAACUGCACCAUCUUGGCAUCGGCAGGCCAGCAGCGUUCCCGCAUGUUGGCCACCCUCUUCAAGGACGAGCGCUGCCAGCAGCUGGCCGCCUACGGGAUCCUGGAGAAGAUGUACCUGGACCGCAUCAUCAGGGGGAACCAGCUGCAGGAGUUUGCCGCCAUGCUCAUGCCGCACCAGAAGGCCACCACAGCGGAUGGCUCCAGCAUCCUGGACAGAGCCGUGAUAGAACACAACCUGCUGUCUGCUAGCAAGCUCUACAACAACAUCACCUUCGAGGAGCUGGGAGCGCUUUUGGAAAUCCCACCAGCAAAAGCGGAGAAGAUUGCCUCGCAGAUGAUCACCGAGGGCCGCAUGAACGGCUUUAUCGACCAGAUCGAUGGCAUCGUGCACUUUGAGACGCGUGAGCCGCUUCCCACAUGGGACAAGCAGAUCCAGUCGCUGUGUUUCCAAGUCAACAACCUCCUGGAGAAGAUCCGACAGGCGGCUCCUGAGUGGGCGGCGCAGGCCAUGGAGACCCAGAUGAGUCAGUAAAACGUCUUCCUGCUCAAAGGCAUCGUCUCUCUGGUGCGCCAAAGGUCAUAAAUCCCUCCAGCGUUCGCAUCCAAUUGGCUGAUAUUCCCAGAGUUUGUGCGGACUUUGUUUUGAUGGUGCCCACCAGCACAUGUGAUCUGUUAACAUUUGACCUUUUAUUUGCUACUCGUGUCAUAAUGCAGCCAAUCUGACUAAACCAUUAAAGGUGCACGUAACUUGA